AUGCUGACCUUGGCAUUGCUCUCCAUUGCCGGCACUGCCCUCGCAUCAAUAGAGGGCAACAAGGCUUAUAUGACUCGUCCUCUCAUCGCAUUCCUCAGCUGGCCCGUGACCAGAUGGGAGUAUCAUGAUGGCCAGCUCAAUUUUCCUUACGGGGUAGCUUCCGGUGAUCCAUAUCCCAACUCUGUCAUCCUCUGGACACACCCAGUUCCUUCCACCGACGACUUCCGACCUGUCUGUCUCGAGUAUCAAGUCAGCAAUUCGAACAGCUCUUGGUCCGAGCUCGUCACUUCGGAUCAAGUCUGGACGACCCAAGACGUCGACUACUCCUACAAGGUAGAAAGAAGCUGGGAACCUCGAGCCGAAACAGACGUACUUCUAUCGCUUCGUCAAUUGCGCCGACAAAGACAACGUCUCGCCGACUCCUUAUCUUUUGCUGUCUAUUCUUGCUCAAACUACCCCUUCGGUUUCUUCAACGCUUAUGGCAAUGCUGCUCGCCGAGAUGAUGUUGACUAUGCUUUGCACGUUGGUGAUUACAUAUACGAGUAUCAGGGAGACGGAUGCGAAGAUGGCAACACGUGCUACCGUGAUGGGCGUGAUAUCGAUCGCGUCCCCCUCCCCAACCACGAGAUUCUUACCUUCGACGACUACCGACAGAGGUACAAGACUUACCGCUCCGACCCCGACCUCCAGCUCCUCCACCAAAAGCACGCCUGGCAGCUGAUCUGGGACCACCACGAAGUCGCCGAUAAUACCUGGAUGUCUGGUUCUGCCGAUUCAAACGACACUAUCACCGGGACUUAUUACAAUGUAUCUUUUACGCAGAGGAAGGCGAAUGCGGUCAAGGUCUACUUUGAAUGGCUUCCCAUCCGAACGGUGGAGACGGAUGAUAGUUUGAGAAUCUGGAGGUCUUUCCAGUUCGGUACCCUUGCCGACUUCUACAUGCUCAACACUCGUCAAUACAAUCGUGACUUGACCGACCUUUACUAUAACAGUAAGUGA